UGUUUGUUGAUGACAGAAAGGCCUUCAUCAUAAAAGCUGAUAGCAAGAUAUGGCUCACUUUCCUUCUGGCUGCUUUUGCAGGAGUCCUACAUUGGUGUCACAUAACAACUCUCUUUGAAAACGAUCGUCACUUUUCUCACCUGUCAACACUGGAGAGGGAAAUGGCCUUUCGCACAGAAAUGGGUCUUUAUUAUUCCUACUUCAAGAUCAUCAUUGAGGCACCAUCAUUUUGGAAUGGAGUCUGGGCAAUUAUGAACGACCGACUAACUGAAUACCCUUUAGUGAUUAACACCUUACAAAGGUUCAAUCUUUAUCCAGAGGUGGUCCUCGCCAGCUGGUACCGUGUCUAUACUGCCCUUAUGGAUUUCCUUGGUGUGCCAACAAAGACAUGUUGGACUGUAAACAGAGGGAAAGGGCUCAGCCCCGUUGAAAGCUGUGAGGGGUUGGGAGACCCUGCUUCCUUUUAUGUUGCUGUGAUUUUUCUUUUGAAUGGAUUAAUGAUGUCACUGUUCUUCAUAUAUGGUACAUACCUCAGUGGGAGCCGUCUGGGAGGCCUUGUUACUGUGAUGUGUUUCUUUUUCAACCAUGGAGAGUGCACUCGUGUCAUGUGGACUCCACCCCUGCGUGAAAGUUUCUCAUACCCCUUCCUUGUCCUUCAGAUGUUGCUUUUGACCUAUAUUCUCAGGAUUCCGAAUAUUAAUACAGGAAGCUUGACUGCACUGUGUGUUUCUAAUAUCUUUUUCAUGCUUCCCUGGCAGUUUGCUCAGUUUGUUCUUCUAACACAGAUAGCUUCGUUAUUUGCUGUGUAUAUUAUGGGUUAUAUUGACUCCAGCAAAUUACAGAAGAUACUCUCUGCUCAUAUGGUAUCUCUUGUAGUGUGUUUUAUUCUGAUGUUUGGUAAUUCAAUGUUGUUGACAUCAUAUUAUGCUGCAUCUUUAGUAGUUAUCUGGGGGAUUGUUGAACUGAGUCCAAAAGUCUUGAAAAGCAGCAGAAGAGAAGUCUAUAUAUGGGUCAUUGAAGGAUGGGCCUGGUUAUUUGGGACAGUCACCUUGAAGUACCUAACCUCUUUAGCAUUUGGAAUAGCUGAUGAUGCUCAUAUAGGAAACAUAUUAAAAUCUAAAUUUAUUGGCUACAAGGAUUUUGAUACGUUGAUGUAUACCUGUGCUGCAGAGUUUGACUUCAUGGAAAAAGAGACUCCAGUAAGAUACACAAAGACUCUGCUAUUACCAGUUGUUCUGGUGGUUUUUGGGGUAAUCAUCAAAAGGGCAGUUAAGUAUCUUCUGUGGGCCUUAUCUCAGGCAGGCCAAUAUGAAAGGGAGGACCGUUUGAACCAUGGUGAGCUGGUAUACCAUGCACUGCAGCUGUUGGCAUACAGUGUCCUGGCCAUUUUAAUCAUGAGACUAAAGCUGUUUUUGACACCACAUCUGUGUGUUAUGGCUUCCUUGGUGUGUUCAAAACAGUUGUUUGGAUGGCUCUUCUGUAAAAUCCAGCCCAAAACCUUGGUCUUUGCUAUUCUAGCAUUGAUGGCAAUAGAGGGCUCAGCAAACCUGCAAACCCAGUGGAACAUCAUGGGAGAAUUUAGCAAUCUGCCCCAGGAGGAACUUUUAGAGUGGAUAAAAGUCAGCACCAGACAAGAUGCAGUUUUUGCAGGAGCAAUGCCCACAAUGGCAAGUGUUAAACUGUCUACCCUUCGCCCUAUUGUCAACCACCCUCACUAUGAAGAUGCAGGUUUGAGGGCCAGAACUAAAGUGGUGUACUCCAUGUACAGUCGAAAACCUGCAAAAGAAGUAAAGAGAGAAUUGAUAAAACUGGGAGUGAACUAUUACAUUCUGGAAGAGUCCUUGUGUGUAAGCAGAAAAAAGCCUGGUUGCAGUAUGCCUGAAAUUUGGGAUGUGGAAGAUCCUGCUAAUAGUGGCAGAAUCCCUUUAUGUUCCCUUAUGAGCAAGGAUUCCAGGCCAUAUUUCAUCACAGUAUUUGAAAACAGCAAUUACAGAGUCUUGAAGAUUCCAAAGGAAUAACAUUUCAAUGCAAAGAACCAUCCGUCUUUCAACUUUUUAAACUAGUAACUGUAAGAAUUCUAAAUCAGAAAUACCUUUUCUACUAGACU